GGUGCUGGCACGUUCGUUGUGCAACUGCUCGAUCAGCAGUCGUCGCGAAGAGUCCGUGUGCGGCACACGACAGUCGCCAGUGUGUAUUGUGUUUGUUUUGUGAUUUAUUCGAAUUCGAUAUGACGACAGUGAUACAGGAUGUGAUGGAGCCGAAGCAAGGCGGCGAUAUCACCUACAUGGACAUGGUGGAUGAGAAGGUGGACCUUGGAGAGUCACAGAUACAGAAGCUGUUCUCAGGAAGCACGGUGCUGCUGACGGGAGGCACAGGCUUCCUCGGGAAGCUGAUUGUCGAGAAACUACUCAGAUGCUGCCCAGACCUCAAAAAGCUGUACCUCUUAGCCAGACCUAAGAAGAAUAAAGAUAUUCCCAAACGGUUGCAGGAACAGUUCGAUGAUGCUUUGUAUGACAAAUUAAGAAAGGAAAGGCCUAACUUCCUUCAGAAGAUCAGUAUCAUUGAAGGAGACGUUGGAGCACUCAACCUCGGCAUGAGCCCUGAGGACAGACAGAGAGUUAUCAACGAGGUAGAAUUGAUAUUCCACGGAGCAGCGACGGUACGGUUCGACGAGCCCCUGAAGUCAGCCGUUGAGAUCAACGUACGAGGCACCAGGGAGAUCUGCCAGCUCGCCAGGGCCUGCGGAAAGCUCAAGUCCAUGGUUCACAUAUCUACAGCCUACAGCAAUUGCCCCCUGAACGUGAUCGACGAGAAGUUCUACGAGAGCCCUCUCCCCGGAGACAAGCUGAUCGACCUGGUGGAGACCAUGGACGAGAAGGUCAUCAACAACAUCACGCCUGGGCUACUCGGUGACUAUCCCAAUACCUAUGCGUAUACAAAAGCGGCUGCUGAAAAUGUGGUACAGAAGUACGCCAAGGGUCUUCCGUUCGCUCUCUUCAGACCUUCUAUCGUAAUUGGAACAUCCAAGGAGCCUGUUGCUGGCUGGAUUGACAACGUGUACGGACCUACCGGUGUGGUAGUGGGAGCCGCUGUAGGUCUCCUCCACGUUUUAAACUGCAACCCGAACUUCGUGGCGGAUCUUGUACCUGGAGACAUGGUGGUAAAUGCUUGCAUCGCCGCAGCAUGGAAAACAGCUAAGGAAUACCCUGGAAACCAUGAAGAUGCUCCUCCAUCUGAUCUACCACCACCGAUAUAUAACUUCGUUUCGUCAGCGCAACAACCUUUGACAUGGAGUAAAUUCAUGAAAUACACGGAGGUAUACGGUCUCGAGGUCCCCACCAUGCAAGCCGUCUACUACUAUCUCUUCCAACUGACUCCCUCCAGGUUUAUCUAUAUGUUGAACUGCUUCUUCUUGCAUUGGGUUCCAGCCUACAUCAUCGAUGGUAUUGCUAUUCUAAUCGGAAAGAAACCUAUGCUAAGGAAGGCGUACACGAAAAUAAGCAAAUUCUCAGAUGUGAUAGGAUAUUUUGCUACAAGAGAGUGGACAUUUUACAAUAAUAACACGCAAGAGCUUUACAAAGAACUAUGCCCCGCUGACAAGGAUAUAUUCGACUUCGACAUGGAAACUCUAGACUGGAGUAACUUCUGUUACAACUACAUCAGGGGGAUAAGGAUCUAUCUUCUCAAAGACCCAGUAGACACCAUCCCAGAUGGCAUCCGCAAAUAUUAUAAGUUAAAAUACACCCAUUAUUUCUUCUGCUUCGUUCUUUUCUGUGUAGUUUCGAGGUUGAUUUGGUCUAUAUUUAGUAUGGUUUUAGGAGUUUAAGAUUUUUCAUGCCCAGAGAUGAGGUGGAACAACAAAUAUACAAAACAAAGUCGAUAUUGCUUUUGCCAAUUCAUUAUCAACUUUAUAGAUAGACUUCAAUAAGUCGAUAGUAGUCUGUCUACAAGACGCGAAUAUUUUGAUAACUAACCAAAUGUAGUAUUGGCAUGUAUAUGUAAGGUAUUUUAUUGCCUUUAGCAGCUAUGCGUGGGUCUUAGUUGGCGGACUUCAUCAGUUGCUAUCAGGUAACCCAUUUGCUCGUUUGCAAGACCCUAAAAUAUGUUUUUCUUUUAGAAUCUCGUUUUUAAAUUUAGAAAAACAAGGAUUUUGUGCUCUAACGGCGCUAGGCUCAUAUAUAGGUUUACGUUUUUAGAGAUAUGAGCACGAGCUUAAGAGUGCCCGUCUUCUCUCUCAUCCAUUCUGGGCUUAGUUAUAAUUGUGUUAAUAAUAUGUAAAGGUUGUACAAAGAAUAGUGAUGCUGUAAUUUUAUGUUAAUUUGUAAUCAAUUAUUUUGUAAUGUACAUAAUGAUUAAAAUUAUACUCGUGGACGUUAUAGGUGGAGGAUCUUGAUGCUGAACAAAGUGAACACUUACUAUAUUCUAUUUGACUGUUCAAGUUCUAUAAAGUCUGUGAGCCCUUUAGAAACGGCUAUAUCUUUCUUUGUUAACAGACAUUCCAGAAAAAAUUUGCUCGCCAGGUUAAAAGAAACGCAACAAUACUUCUGCAUAUGUCUUGAGGAUUCUGAAAAAAAACACCUUCAUAAAGCUUUUAUUCGUGCCAACAGUUCGAUUAAAUUAUAGUUUAAUUUUAAUAAACACGCAGUGCCCUCAAAAAUUAGAAUAUUAAGUUAAUUUCGUAAAUUAUGACCCCACACAGUUACACUAUUUAGUUUGAACCAUUUUCAAGUGUAUUUUCAAUGUUGUAAGUCUGAGACGCAUAAGUGUCAAAGGACAAUGCCCAAAA